CAGGAAGCAAUGUUGACUACACAGAGCUAACAGUGAUUGUCCCACUACUCUUCAGAUCAGAUCAGACUCUUCGGUGGAAAUGGUUUUAAGGAAUGAUGGUCAGGAGGAGCUCUCACCUCCCAUCUGGUGCAGUUCUAGAGGGAUGCAAAGAAUAAAUGGAAUUUGAACCAGAGAAAUUGAAGGAAAGGAGAGGGAAGAAGUGGCUGGCUAAAGGAAUCAUAUAGAGUCCUCUUCUCCUGGUCAAUGGCUCUGUUGUGUAUAUUCAUGAGCAGAAGGCAUCUCCACACACCCUGGCUUCACCCUGACCUGAUUUGAGAAGGAAACUAUAAAACUUGAUCAUGCCAUUUUUCAUUUCUAUAAGAAAGGGGUUGAAGAAUGAAUCUGUUCUUUGUAAUAUAUUCACAUUUACAGCACUAAAGCCUGUGUUAAUACACCGGAAGGAGCAACUGCAUGGUUUGGCCCAAAUCCUCCACAGAAACACAUCAUCCAAGGAGACCAAACAGACACCCUGAAGACCUUCCUGAAGGGGGAGCCCCAAAUCCUGGGGGUGGCUCAGAUCCUGAUUGGUCUGAUGAAAGUGUGCCUAUUUGCCAUAGGUCUGUGUUUUUAUUCUUCUGACUUAUCCUAUCGGUGUUAUCCCCUAACCAUGGUCUCAGGAUAUCUUAUCUGGGGAUCCUUGUUUGUGAUUCUUCGUGUCGGGAGCUGUGUCUAUCGCUGCUGGGAGAAAGAUGACGUUAAACCUGGGAGGAAGAGCAUGAGACAGAGGGACAUAGGGGACACAGAUCAUUCUCUUCCAGAUCAAAGGCAGCCUGGGAAUGAACAUGCUCAGUGCCGUGGUUGGGGGAAUAGGGGUAAUCAUCUUAACAGUCGAACUGACUGUGGAUCAUGGACCGGAAAAAAGGUGUCUUAUUCUUGUGGGGUGAGGAGAGUCAGGGUUCCAAGCCAAGAUGCUCAGAGCCUUGGAAAGAACAAUGAUAUCACUUCCGUAGACCUGGAGGUUCUCCACUCUUUAGAGGGUAUUCGAGACUGUAAUAUUAGUCCUCUCCCUGCUGGAAGUCAGCAUCACUAUCUCUCUUUCUGUGUUUGGGUGCAAGACGACCUGCUUUGUCACACAGGUGGUGGUUAUCCAGCCAACCAAUGACCAGGUGCCCCCAGGAAUGGCCCCUUAUGAACAUGUCUAUGAGGAUCUGGAGUUUUAACAGACGAGUUCCUGCUUUUAGAAAAAAUUAUUCAUUGAGUAUCACUAGGUCAAUAAUAACCUGCCUGCCAGAAAGGGUUCACAUCUGUGCGUGGGAACAUAGUUAUUACAAAACCAAAUAAAAUACAUUUUUCCCUCUA